CCUGGAGGCAGUGAUUUCCGCGCCAACUCCGCCCCUCGCAUGGACAUUUAUUCUCCCCCGUGCAGUCCCUGCCGCCAUCACCGCAGAUCGGGGCUCCCAGAGACGCGCCAGAGAUACCAGCAGAUACCACGAUGGCCCCCUUUGCAUCUCUGGCCUCGGGCAUCCUCUUGUUACUGUCGUUGAUAGCUUCCAGUAAGGCCUGUAGCUGUGCCCCACCCCAUCCACAGACAGCCUUCUGCAAUUCGGACUUGGUCAUAAGGGCUAAAUUCGUGGGUUCCCCAGAAAUCAACAAGACCACCUUAUACCAGCGUUAUGAGAUCAAGAUGACUAAGAUGCUCAAAGGAUUCGACACUGUGGGAAAUGCCGCAGAUUUCCGGUUCGCCUACACCCCAGCUGUGGAGAGCCUCUGUGGAUAUGUACACAAGUCCCAGGACCGCAGCGAGGAGUUUCUCAUUGCGGGCCGCCUAAGGGACGGAAAUUUGCACAUCAGUGCCUGCAGCUACUUGGUUCCCUGGCGUAGUCUGAAUUUUGCUCAGCAAAGGGCGUUCUCAAAGACCUAUAGUGCUGGCUGCGGGGUGUGCACAGUGUUUCCCUGUUCAGCCAUUCCUUGCAAACUAGAGAGUGACACUCACUGCUUGUGGACUGAUCAGAUCCUCAUGGGCUCCGAGAAGGGCUACCAGAGCCGUCACUUCGCCUGCCUGCCACGGAAUCCAGGCCUGUGCACCUGGCAAAUCCUUGGAGCCCCACUGACCUGAAGCCUGAACACUGUUUACCUUGCCUCCAGCAUUCUUUGUCUUAGAUGGUGAAAUAAAGAACUAUCACACAGCA